CAGAUACCUAAUAUUAGAAGUGUUUUUUGUCAGAAUACUGAUGUUAAAUGUUAGCUUAAUAACAGUUUCUGUCUGCCAGUCAUUUAUUGAUUGCUAAGCAAAACAAUGAUUUUUAUUUAUUUGAUAACUUUAGAACACAUGGAGAGGAAGUUUGCAGUGGUGCGGUGGAGUGAAGGGGAGGAUUUUGGGAAGCUCAGUGACAUAAAAACUGAUGCCAUAAGGGGGUAUGAUGAUUCCAAGAUGGACCAGGAUGGGAAUCCCUUUGCCACCUACUCAGCCGUAAUUGAAUGGCGCCAUGGGAGGAAACAACGAGGAGGCUGGCCUCACUACAGAGGCACUGUCAUUUUUGUUAGUGCUACUCGUUUUGAGACAAUCCGUAAACUGAACUCACUGCUGAAGGAAGAAGAACCUACAGAGCUGACAAAGAGGGCCUCAGUGGCCCCCCAAAAAUAUGGGGAUGAUUCAGAUUGCUCAACUGAUAUUGAAACUCAGUCUCAGCAAGCAAAGAAGUCAAAGGCUCCCAGGAGGAUAGACCCUGCAGAAGAGUUUCUUAGGCUAUACGGUCAAUCACAGCCUUCUUCAGAUAAUCACAACAGUCUGACUCAGACUGUGGUUGAAUUAAAGCAGGAGAUCAAGGACCUGAAAGAAGAGAACGCGAAGUUGAAGGAGAUUGUUCUUCAAGAUGUGCCAGGACUCCUACUGAGCUUGAGGAAUAUAAUAGAUUCGGCUGCACCUCCUAAGAGAUCCAGGGUGGAGCCUACCAAAGCAUUACCGGCCCUUCCAGGGUCUCCGCAGUCCAGGUCCAGUUCUCCAUGUGCCACUUCGCUGUCCCUCCCCAGAUCUACGCUGUCCAGUUCCACAUCUGUGUCUCCAUCCCUGACUGCCUCCCAGUCUUCUAAGGUUGAGAUCCAUCCUGGGACCGGAGUCAUGGUUGAGAAACUGGCGUGGGCCUAUGCCAUCAAUGCCAAUUCGGCAACAGUCUUUGUGAGGCAUCUGCUCACCGCAGUCUUUCCAGUGGAAAUACUGCUGGUGAGCAAUCUUCGGGGGAACAAACGAGGCGGAGGAGAGGCUCGUCAACCAUUAGACAAAAAUAAAUUGGAUGCCAUUUACAGUGCAACUCUUGAGAAGUGGCCAGGGACCCAGCUUUCCAGCAUUGGAAGUACGAUCAAUGCCAAGAUUACAGAACUCCGGUCAAAAAGUAAAAAUGCUGGUGUGUACACAGCUCCACAUUAAACUGUUUUGUUUGCUCUGAGUUUCACACAGGUGUGUCACAUAGUCCUUGGCCCUGGGGCAAAACAGGUUCUGACUACUGUCUACUGAAAGUAUUUACUGCUUAAAGUGCCUGUUUAUUCUGAGGUAUCCAGUGUGCAGAAGAACAAACUGGCAUAUAUGUAAGCCAUUAAGGCAUUUUAAGUUUACAUUCUAUGUUUUUUUGUUUGUGUACUUUGCAAUUUCAAAAUCGAGUAUACUCAAAAUAUCUAAGUAAACAGUAUAGGCAAUAUUAGCAUUAUGCUCAGAGCGAUUGAUUGCACUUAAGCCCCAUGCCUCGUUCCUUGAAUGUGAAUACACCUGUUUGUAUUGACAAUGUUUAGUUGUUGGUGACACUGUUCCCAUGUUAGAAUAGGAAUAGGAUACGCAUGUGCUCCUCAGGUUUG